ACAAUAUGCAUCAAACUACCAUACCUAUUACAUCAAACACAUCCUACAAUGGCAAGGUUUUCGAUCGUGUUUGCAGCAGCAGGAGUACUCCUCCUCGUAGCCAUGGCGGCAGUUUCUGAGGCUUCCACCACAACCAUCAUCACCACCAUCAUAGAGGAGAACCCCUAUGGCAGAGGUAGAACUGAAUCCGGAUGCUAUCAGCAGAUGGAGGAGGCGGAGAUGCUCAACCACUGCGGGAUGUACCUCAUGAAAAAUUUAGGAGAAAGGAGGCAAGUUAGUCCCAGAAUGAGAGAAGAGGAUCACAAGCAACUUUGCUGCAUGCAACUGAAGAACCUAGAUGAGAAGUGCAUGUGUCCGGCAAUCAUGAUGAUGUUGAACGAACCAAUGUGGAUAAGGAUGCGAGAUCAAGUGAUGAGCAUGGCUCAUAACCUGCCCAUAGAAUGCAAUCUCAUGUCCCAACCAUGCCAAAUGUAAACCAGCUGGUUCUAAACUGCAUGACUAGCUAAGUCCCCUGUGGAAUAAAACGAGAUUCACUAUCACAUCGUCGUGUGUUGUUGUUUCAAUGUAAUAUCGUCCAUCGUGUGUCUCGUUAUUAAUAAAAUCGGACUUGUCUUUUUAUA